AUGCGAUCGACAAAUUUCGCACUCGCCCUAAUGGCGCUCGUCCUCUCCUUUAUCGCUGUUGCAUCCGCCAGCCAGGCCGAACCUUCGCCUGCCCCUCUCGAAAAGCGUCAAGCAGCUGCUGGUGGUGGUGGCGGUGUCGCAACUACAUACACUGGUGUCCAGAUCAUCUCCGGCUACAACCCACCACCUUCUCCGGCUCUGCCAUCACCCACCGUCUCGCGAGGAACCAUCUUGACUACCAUCCCAGGCUACGGCAACAACUCCAACACUGGUGGAGGUAACCCUUUGAACCAAGGCUCCGGUAUGGGUUCGUCGAGCGGUGCAUUGUCCUUGUUGAGCGAUACACACCUUGUUUCGGGUGCCGCUGCUUCGGCUACCUUCAUGUGUGUUGCGGUUAUCGCUGCGGCUGCAGUUCUUCUUUGA